AUGUGUUGGGGUGAAGUGGGUGAAAGGAAAUUGGUAAGUGAAAAGGAGUUUCUAGGUCCAGAAUUAGUAAAAGUUACUAUUGAUAAGGUAAAAGUUAUUCAAGAACAGCUAAAGGUAGCGCAAAGUCGACAAAAAAGUUAUGCCGAUACAAGACGAAGAGACUUGGAGUUUAAUGUGGGCGAUCAAGUAUUUGUCCGAGUAUCGCCAUGGAAAGGGCGGUUAAGAUUCGGUAAAAAGGUGGAAUUGAAGGAUGAUAUGACCUAUGUGGAACAACCAGUUCAGACUUUGGAUCACAAGGAACAAGUCCUUUGCAACAAAACCAUACCGUUAGUAAAGGUACUGUGGAGGAGUCGUUCAACAGAAUAUGCAACAUGGGAAGCUGAAAUUAACAUAUGGAAGCAAUACCCUCAUUUAUUUGGACAAGGUCAUGCUAUUUGA